AUGGCCAGUUUUGAUGUCAAAUUAAUUCCGGAAUUCGACGGCUCCGGUGACGUGCUCGACUGGCUGGAGAAGGUCGAGCUAGUGUGCGGGCUGCAGGAGCCGCCAGUGAGGCAGACGCUGGUGAUACCCCUGCGGCUGAAAGGAGGAGCAUCUGCUGUGUACCGGCAGCUGGUGGAGGCUGACAGGAAGGACGUGGUGAAGCUCAAGGAUGCGCUGAAGCGCGAGGGAGACGUGUGCGCCGGAGCAGGAGGCUCCGUGGACCUAGCGGUGGAAAAGGAGGACUUUCGAGUCGUGUUCGAUGCGAGGGAAAGGCGCUGGACUGUCGAGUGGAAGUGGUCGGGAAAGAAACCGCCAGAUCAACUGAAAAACGGAGUGAGCGAGUACCAUGUGACGGAUGAAGCGAGAGAGGACUAUGAGAGAGAGCUGGAGACGUGGAUCGAGAACGGGUGGCUGCUGGAGUACGACGAAGAAAAGCAUGGCGCCCCCAAAGGGCUGAUACCGUUAAUGGCGGUGGUUCAAGAGAACAAGGCGAAAGUGCGGCCGGUCCUUGACUUCCGGGAAAUGAACACUCACGUCGACACGUUCACGGCGGACGUUGACGUGUGCAGUGAGAAACUUCGUGAAUGGCGCCGGACGGGUGAGAAAGUGGCACUCCUGGAUCUGAAGAAGGCGUACCUUCAGAUACAUGUGGAGGAGUCACUGUGGCCCUAUCAGACAAUCGAGUUCAAAAACAAAAGGUACUGUCUGACGAGACUUGGGUAUGGUCUUAAUGUGGCACCCCGAGUCAUGAAGACGGUUCUGGAGACAGUGGCGAAGCAGGACAAGAACGUGGAGAAGGCAGUAUCGUCGUAUGUCGAUGACGUUCUGGUCAACGAGGAGGUAAUGUCGGCCGAGAAGGUGGCCGAGCACCUUCAAGCCUUCGGUCUCGAGUGUAAGGACCCCGCUCGCGCACAGGAAGGCGCUCGGAUUCUCGGCCUCCGAGUCUGGGGGGAGCAAGGCGCACUCAUGUGGAAGAGAGACAACGAUGUCCGAGAAGUUGCCGGACCGGUGACAAAGCGGAAAGUGUUCUCCCUCUGCGGGCAGCUGACGGGGCACCUUCCGGUGUGCGGCUGGCUGCGGCCGGCGACCUCGCUCCUCAAACGACGUGCGAACAGAGCAGCAAGUGGCUGGGACGACGAGAUUGACGACCCGGACGUGGAGCGUCUGAUGGACGAAAUUAUGAAGCGGGUCAGAGCAGAGGAUCCUGCCAGGGGACGGUGGGAUGUGAAGGGCGACAGAAUCACAGUGUGGACGGAUGCCAGUGCUCUGGCCAUGGGAGUAGUUGUUGAAGUGGGUGACGAAGUAGUGGAAGACGGGAGCUGGCUUCGCCCCGACAAUGGAGUACAACACAUCAACAUGGCAGAGCUAGACGCGGCCCUGAAAGGCGUGAACAUGGCCAUCCUGUGGGGCGCGGAAAGAGUCCGGUUGAUGACUGACUCGCGGACGGUGUACCACUGGAUGACCGACCUCCUCAGUGGCAGGGCCCGACUGAAGACGAAAGCUGCCUCUGAAAUGUUGAUAAGAAGAAGGCUAAGCACCCUCAGGAUGCUCGUGGACGAGUACGAGCUGGACGUGAAUGUUCAGUGUGUCUCGUCGGCUGAGAACAAAGCGGACGCACUGACGAGAGUGCCGGACGCCUGGCAACAGGUGCUUAUGUGCAAAGAGGAGGCUGCAGCAUGCGCUGUGGGAGACGGAGACGACCCCGACAGGCUGGUGAAAGAGACGAGGCAGAGCAACCAGUUUCCGCAGAGGCAGAGCAACCAGUUUCUGGGGAUGAGGAGCCCUGCUUUGUACGGUGUCCCAUCGACCGGCAUGACCGAGACGACCAGCAAGACCAACAGGAGGAAGCUGCGAGUGACACAGAGGCUGGGCCGAGGCGAGGCAGCGGUGCAGUCGAGGACCCGGCAGUACAGCUGUGCCGCCCCGAGGACCCGGCAGCACGCGGCGACCGGUGACCUGGACUGA